AUGGGGUUGUUUAGCUUGUUCCUCACCAUCAGCAUCCCCCAAGGGGGAAGCCCCAGAGGUGUUUUGCGUCACUGGCCCAGGUUGCCUAGCACUGCUGAACUGCGGACUGCGGAGAGGGGACACCAGCUCCAGGGGCCUGUCUGAUCUUUCCCCUGCGUGUCCUGCUAGAGAGCCACACACUGCUGAGGACGGAGCAGAGGAGCAGCCAAGGUGAUGGCAGCUGAGGCAGGGAUGCUUGAGCUGCCCUUCACCUGCGAUGAGCAGCUCACCCAGCGCAUGCGGCUGCGGUUCCAGAGCCUGCAGCAAAACAACGCGAGGCCCCAGGAUGGCGAGAAGCUGCUGCGUCCCAAUGAGCACAUCUACCGAGUGGAUUUCAUCCAGCAGCACAAACUGCGCUUCCUCCGCUGGGAUGUGCAGCUGGAGAGACCUGGGAAGGUCAUGGUGACUGGCACCUCCCAGCACUGGACCCCUGAUCUCACCCACCUGAUGAACCGGCAGCUGCUGGAGCCGGUGGGCAUCUUCUGGAAGAGGCUGGGGGCCGAGGAGGUGGAGUGCAAUGAGGCAGACGCCCAGGAAUUUGGGGAGCGGAUAGCAGAAUUAGCCCAGAUCCGCAAGGUGAUGUAUUUUCUGCUCACUUUCACCGGUGGCCUCGAACCAGCUCAGCUGAAAGGCUCCAUUGUUUUUAAAGCUUGA